AUGAAUUGGAAUUCCGAAGUUCCGAUUGAAAUCUCGGAUGGCUCCUCCGAGAACGACGACAGCAUCGAUUCCGAAUCUGCAUCUGGGGAGGAACGUCUGAAUGAGCUAGUUCUAAGAUGCCUCGACAUGCCCCGCGAUGCUGAGACGAUCAGGAGUGCAUCUAGACAAGCUCCUUUUGGCAAAGGUGAUGAGACAGUGGUUGACACCUCGGUCCGCAAUACAUGGGAGCUUGACCACACUCAGUUCACAUUUGCGAACCCUGCUUGGAAAGCCUAUGUUGCCUCCCUAUUAGACGAGGCCGCACGGAGUUUGGCUAUGUCAGAGGUGAAAGCUGAACCUUAUAAGCUGCUUCUAUAUGAAGAAGGUUCUUUUUUCAAACGUCAUAAAGACUCGGAAAAGGUUCCAGGGAUGAUUGGGACCUUAGUUAUUUGCCUUCCCUCGAAACAUGAGGGUGGUAGUGUUCACUUAUCUCAUGCCGGCAAGAGCUACGUUUUCGAAACAGAUAAGACUUCCGACUUCGGUCUUACGAGUCUCUCAUAG